UACGAUAUUAGCCAAUGGUCAUAUUUCAACGAAUCACAAGGUGUAUGAAAUGUACUCACGGGCUGUACUGCCGCCAUCUUGAAUGAUUUUGAAAAGCGAAGCGAUACGAUUGGUCAAUAAUGAGACGUCAUACCAAUCUUUUGACGGAGUUGCGCAAAAUAAAAUAAUUUUGUGACUCUCACUCACUCAUUGCGGCUGCCAUGUUUUUUUUCAUGUGGGGUGUGUGUGUAUUGAUAUAACAUGAUAGUUUAACCCCGUAUAAACUGUUACAGAAUCAAGGGGUGCACGUAGUGCGUCAUUUGUUAAUAGCUAGUGACAAUGCGAUUGCAUAAAAAUUGAAGCAAGCGCUGCAUUAGGAAAAAAAACUGACCCACUAGCAAAGAAUAGGCCAAAGAAAAUUAAGGAUGUAUUAGUAACGGAGGAAUUUAAGGAUCGAUUUAUAUCACACGGCCCACGGCGAUUGUAAAAUGGACUCACGAUUAUUGUACAAGAUGAUGGUGUUUGAUAACGGCAGACACUAUCAAGGACAGGAUGCGUAAGCAUAAGAGAGAGAGUCAGGCGUUUGCCUGCUGGCCUGCCACAUCAAGAGAACUUCAUCAAACUCCACACUCCAUCAUCUGAUACCCCCACACUUGGUACAGAGGAAAUGCAGUGCUCAGUAACACUGGAAAGUGACCAUAACAGUGGGAAUGUAAAAAUGAAGACAAUUAACAAUUAUAAGAAUCCUUACAAAAAGGAACCUAAUCUUGACAACAUUGUUGAUCAGCUGUGCACACGACUCCAGGACAUCAAAGAUCAAGAAAGUUCGUCACGAGUAGGCAUGCCCACGUGUUCCAUAGAAGAAACUGAAGCUGUUCGUCGAUAUUACGCUGCGUUUCCGGCUUUAAAGAAAGGCCGAGAGUCGCCAUUACCUUAUUAUCUCCCACCGCCGGCGUGGUGUCGUAAGUCAGCGCCAGAUUCCAAUACCAAAAUGCAAAGCGAAUUAUCAGUAUCGAAAGAUUGGAAUAAUAAAAACAAGAAACUAACCUCGGGCAAGGAGCGUCGCAACUCAUACCACGGUCAAAAGAAAAACAACAAGAAGCGUUGCAACAGUUACAGUAGAUCCUUUGACAGUAAAGAGAUUCUACCAGAGUGGGUAACACAUGAAGGUGUCUGGGAUAUGGAAACACAGGAUCCGGUGAAAGAGUUUAUCAGAGCCAUAGCAUUGGACGAGGGUUACGGUACGUGUGAGAACACUGUUACAGACGAAAUCAAAGAAAUUUCUCAAGGCAAAAUUAGAAUGAACGAAAACAUGGUGCCUGAAUGGGACGACAGCCUCGACUUUGACGCCGAGUGGGUCAUCACCGAGGACCUGAACCCGCGUGUCCGUACGCCCAUGGAGGAGGAACUUUAUGCCAAGUUUGAGGCUAAGUUCGAUCGCAGCAUUGAAGCUCUGUGGUCUAAGGAUCAGAACACUCCUGAUGAUGAGUACCAGGACCUCCCUAUAGACUUCCAAGACCUUCUGUCAUCGCCCUCUGACCGCCUGUUCGCUGAUCCGUCCGCCGAGAAAUGCAGUCUCAUAUCCCUCACUGAGAGCAUUUGGUCUACCGAAGCUGCAGAUUUCCCGCCUCCCCUCGACCGCGGGGAUUCACCCUCGCGUAUAGCUGACGCUCUGCACGAUCGCUUCCGGCCGCUGAACCUGACCGACGUCGUCGAGCCUGAACCUCGCGAGCUCGAGUCGUUCGCUUUGUACGAAGGCGACGAGAUUUACGAUGCAUUGAGCACAGUUGCUAACACGAUGCGCUCUUUCACUGCGAUCAACCAUAGCCGUGAUCGCAGCGGCUUCGUCGAGGUGCCACCGCGCCGCAACCGAGCGCUCGGCCUCCGCCAGCACGCCGUGGCUCGCGAGCCCGCCCCGCGCCCGCCGUCCCGCCCACGUGAAGACCUGCUCACCUCUGCGCGCACUCAUUUUCGCCCUAUUCGCCGCGAGAACGAUGCGGAGCCACCACGCUACGCCGACGGAGACACCUUUGACAUCUGUGGUGAUCCGGAUACUGUCGAUUUCCGCCGCAGCGAGUCGGGCGGCUUGUAUCUCGGCACCGGGCAAGAACGCUACUUGGAAUACCGCGCUACACGCAGCAUAGAUUAUGGGCGUCUCAAUCUCACAGCGGCUCAGCGCUGUCCCGACCUCGACGAGCCGGGGCUGCGACUGCGUUUCCCGUUGCGACAGAGCGACGCGGGUGUGCAGACCGACACGCCGGUCGAUAGCGCGGCGGCGGCCGCCGCGGCCGCGUGGGCGGCGUGCGAGGAGUGCGGCCGCGCCGCCAAGAAGAUGCGGCCCAGCGCCGCGCGCUCCAUCUGGAGCCAGCGCGCCUGUCUGCGCUGCGCGCCCGCCGCGCCCGCGCCUGCCGCCGCUCCGCCGCCCGACGAGCUGUCGCGUGAGUGGGAAGAGCUGCUGUCCGACAUCAGCGCGGCACACGCGCAGUACGCGGACGGGGGCGCGGGCGGGGGCGGGGGCGUGGGCGCGGGCGCAGGCUGCGAGGCGGCGGAGGAGACGCGCGCGGACCGCAAGCGGCGGCACUCGGCGGCGCUGCGCUGCGCGGCGCAGUGCACGCACCCGCACGCGCGGUUCCUGCCCUGCUGCACGCUGGCGCUCGACCGCCCGCUCACGCGCUAGACCGCGCCGCCACAUCGGUAGUUCCCUUCCCCGAUCUAAUACCGUGCUGCACUCUGUAUAUAAACCCCCCGCCCCUGUUUCCUUCGAGCGUAUUGUUUUAUGUCAACAGUGAGAAUCGCCAGCUUUUCAUAUUCGAAAACGACGUACCGUAAUCGGUAUCGAGAUGAUGUCAUUUGUGGCUCGAUUGCUCUUACAAGUGGCAUUAGAAUGAAAAAGUUAGCAAUAAUAAUAGGAUUAAUUAGCGAAGCCUUGAAACGUUACUUUCUCCGAGUGUGUAGGGUUGUUGAGGUACAAAAGUGAAAGGCUAGAAGUGCUAACAUAUCUUAUGAUUGUAGAUAUUGACGGGAAGGAGGAGUUAUAUUGUAACGUUAAUUUUAGUUCAAUGUUUUCUUUGUAGAGAUUUCAUAUUGAUGUAGGAUUGUUUGAUGGAAUGCUCUCGCUUCAUCGUCGACUUUCGACAUAAAUUGUUAUCUAUACCUAAAAAAUGGAAUUAUGCAUUAAUAAUGGUCUUGAGGUGAUCAGCAGCAUUCUGCUAGUUAUAUAUUUAUUUGAAAAAUGUUUUGUUGGAAAAUAUACAUAUAUUUUAUUUGUUUUCGAAAAUUGCGUACUAACAAAAAACGAGGCGAUCGCAUUCCACAGCAAACAUGAUAGGACGAUUCUAAUAUAAUUCUUACAAUAAUAUCGUCCCGACUUGUUUAAUAAUUUGUUAAUAUAAAGUAUAAGUAGAACAGGUAUUUUAUUUUUGUUAGUAUUUUUCGUUUACGUUUCCAAGCGAUCUAAAUUCAUUCAAAUUUUUUUAUCAUGAAUUAAAUUGUUCUGUUUUCUUUUGCAACAUUUUUGAACGCGAACAUUAUAAUAAGGAGAUGAUUAGACGCAUCUCUGAUGUCCAACGGUGGGUACGCCUUUCGGCCGUUAUUCGCGAAAGAUGUACCCACCGUUGAAUUGUACUUGUUUCCAUGCCGACAUGUCGAGAUGCGGCUUUGUGUCCGAGGUUCGAACGAGAUCGGAGCGGACAGUUAUGUUUUGUCCAUGUUGAAUAAGUUUUACACGCGGCGAUUUUAUUGAUUUGCCGCAUUAUAUAAUGUAGGGUGGCAGACGCGACGCGGGUUUGUGUUCAUUGUUGAUGCAGUGUUGACCCGCCGCGUUCUGCCGGAUAGUGGUAAUUCAAGGUGUUAGCAGUUUUGUAUGAAGCUGGACUACGUUAAUGGGGGGCACCGGAGCCCCCUGGAGUGUCGUCGGAUGCGAUGAACUAAGUGUCGUGCUCUUCUUUGAUAUAUGCCUGGUCGUCGCUGUUCACCGUUUACGGACGCACGUUUUCCUACAGAAAACGGAUGGUUAACUUUUUAUAAGAUGUAUCGGCAGGCCUUGCGAUGUUGAUGGCGGCACCACGAACGGUGAGCGGCGGAGACCAUCAAUUGUAACAUAAUUUACAGCUCCAUGUAUGGAUUGUAACAGUUCAUAUAGGCGUAACUGUUAUUAUAGUUCAUGUAAAACAUAAGAAGUGUAUAUGUUAUAUUUUCGUAUAUUUUCAUUUUACACGGGGUGCUCUGUGACGUGCUAACGUCGCGUCGCGUGCACAGGCAAUAGUCGGCCCCGCGCCUGCUGCGCCGACCUUUACUUGUUCUGUGCACGGCCCCCACGACUUAUAUUUAUUUCAUUUGAAAGCCUUGCCUAGUUACAAUUUCAUAUUAAACUUUAAUAUUCGUGCAUACUUUUUUAUUUUAUGUGUCGUGUUUUAUAUAUUUAUUUUAUGUAGUGUGAUUUACUUCUGUUUGUAAUAACUGAAAACGGAAAAUGUAAAAAAAAAUAUCAUUACAAAAUUACACCAGGAAGGCUAUCCUUGUAUAUAUUUAGUAUAUUGUGAAAUUAAUGUAUAGUCAUUUUCAGUUAUUUUAAAUGAUGUAUCAUUAUAUGUUCGCUAAUUCUUUUGUCAAUUUCUUUAUCUGAAAUAUUUGUUGUUAUGUUCUGGCGAGUAGACACGUACAUCAGUUUACGACUCUACAAUGUUUCAGAUAUUGAAAUGUUCAUGUACUGUCUAAAGCUACGUUAUUAGAGCGGUUGGGUAUUUUUAAACUCAUUCAACUAAUUAAUUCACAUUCAUUUUCUCGUGUCACAUAAUGUAUUUCAUUUUUUUCUGUCAUAAGUUCAUAUUAUAUUGUACUUAUUCCAUUAACGAUAUUCGCUAAAGGAUACCUCGAUAAAAAUAUAUGAAAAAGUAAAAAAAAAAGUAUAGAUUCAAGUUCGCAUAAAAUAUUAUGUUUGAUUAGUUAUUAAUCUAAAUGUAAUGUGCCUAUGCACUUGAUUGUCUAAUUAUCCAGAACAACAGUGGAUGAUUAUUGUUUUCCAACGAGUAUUGAAGGAAUGUUUGAAUGCUUGUUGGAAAACAAAAGGAGCUAGCUACGGUGUUUGGUAACGGGGACUUAUUAUAAUCAUUGACUAGCCAAACCUAAGCCAGCUCCUUCAAUACUAAAUGGGAUGCGAAUAAAUCUAUUGAGACUACAAUCAUAACACCUGUCCGAUAUUCAUUUGUCUGAUAGAUUUAUCUUUGUCCCAUUUUACAACUAAGCCUUAGGAGGAAUCACUUGUUUCAUCAUUGUUUGAAGUUUAUCAUGAUAUAAGUACGCUGAGCCAAAGGCCAGUCGAAGCAAGUGCUCCUAUAGGUGGUUUAGUGGUCCCCGACCAUCACAACACUUUUUAUGAGCCACAUGAUGAUUUGUAAGUGGCAUAAGAACUUUGUCGUUAAAAUAAUAAGUAACUAUUUGGUAUUUCAACUUUUUUACUAUCUGCAAGUAACCAAUAUUUGUUUGACACUAUCUAUUUCUUAUCGAGAGCAAACAUGUUUUUCUGUGUAAAUGUUCUUUGGACACGUAGCAAAUCAGCACACUUGAAGAAAAAUACAAAAAAAAUAUGUAGAAAAAAAUCCAGUUUGUUGUAAUGCUCUCUUCACAGAGACAAGUCGGCUUGUAACCGAUAGCUAAUAAGUGGCCUUGGUUACAUGCAUAUUUGUUUACAUUUCAUAUCAAUUUAUAUCAUUUUAUUUUCUUUUUGAAGUUUCGUAAAAUCAUUAGAGAUUUAAAAAAUAUCUUAUAAGCCGGGGUAGGAGCAGUACACAAGGGAUUACACAUCUUAAGUUUGGAUCACUAACUUAAAAUUGCACUGCAAAUUUUGACCUGUAUGUAAUAACUUUGAUGACAAGCUAAAACAAACUUCACGAUUUUUCUCACGGAUAAUGAAUAAGAAUUUUCGAUAUUUACCAAUGCGAAAAAUGGCAUCUUCAUUGUGAAGUUAAGUAUAGUUUAGUAAAGGAUAAAAAUUAUCUUACCAAUGAGCUUCGGAAUUAGAUUGUACCAAAUCCCGUUUGAAAAUUGUUAAUUCAUUUAGAAGUGAUUAUCCCUGAAAAUAGUUACCAUUUUCAUUAAUACGUUAAGUUGUGCUCGCUACUCUGGUUCUUGCCACCUGUGGGAAGAAAAUGAAAAUAAACGAUCGAUCCACA